AUGGCCUUUUCCAGUAAUGAAGGUUCUUCUCUGUCGAAAAGGUGGGCAGAUAUAUGCUUAGAAGAUGAGGAAGAACAUGUGGUAUCAUUGGCUGACGAUUGUGAAGAAGUAGAAGACCUGAACUUUGAUGAUAGAUGGUGCCUAAUAGGCCGUUUGUUGUCUGGAAAAGUAUCUGAUUUCCAGAUAUUUCAAAACAUAAUGGCUGAUCUAUGGAAGCCUGGUAAAGGGAUUUUUAUUAAGAGAUUGGAACAGAAUAGGUUCCUCUUUCAGUUCUACCAUGAGAUAGACAUUCAAAGAGUGCUUGAUGGUAGCCCAUGGACGUACGGUCGUAAACAACUUCUUAUUGAGAGGCUUAAACCAGGUGAAAAUCCAAGGUCGAUCAAUAUAAAUACGCUUGACAUGUGGGUUCAAAUCCAUGAAUUAAGAACUGGUUUUAAAACUGAAUGGGCGAUUCGUGAAGCUGCUCGCUAUAUUGGACAAUAUGUUGAGUCCGAUCCCAAUAAUUUCCAAGGUGUAUGGCGUGAUUAUCUGAGGGUUCGUGUUCGAGUUAACGUAUAUGAUUCUCUGAAAAGGCGAAUGAAAUUCCGCAGUCGAAGUGGAGAAGCUUUUUAUGCUUAUUUCAAAUACGAAAGAGUUCCGACCUUUUGUUUCAUUUGCGGCGUUAUGGGACAUACUGAAAGAUUCUGUGAAAGGAUAUACGAUACUCCCAUUGAGAAAAUUGUCAAACCUUACAGCAUAGAGAUGAAGGCUCCGACUAAGCGGCAGAGCUUCUUGACAGCCUCUCCAUGGUUGCGUUCAGGCAAGGAAGGAGCAACACCAGCGAGACAAUCGGCACCAGAAUCUCCUACAGUUAAUGCUUCAUCAGAAAUCAGGGGAAUGAAUGUUGCUAAUUGUGAUCCUCACGGAUGUCCACAAAUCUCUCAUAUUAAUUCCCCAUCCCGUGCUAUUGGGAAUCAGCAAUCAACUUUAAAGGAGCAUGUUAUCUUGGUCAAUGACACCUCAGUUGUAUUUAAUAGUGAAGAGAUUGUUGAAAUCUCUGAUUUAAAAAGGAAACGUCUGAUGACUCUCUCACGUGCUGAGCCUGAUACUUUGACAAAAGAUUUAAUGGAAACAGAGGAUGGUAAAAAGCUUGAUCAUUCAACUUCAGUGGUAAUUUCAAAAAACGCAGAUAUGGUGGGUCUUGGUUUCCAAGCCCACCAAGAGCCAUGA